AUGGAGGAGUACACGAAAUACCUGGCGGACCGCCUCUUCACUGAGGAUAAGAUGGUCACCUACCGAACUCUCAGCCGUGCUCUCAAGGUCCACGUCAACAUCGCGAAGGGGAUGCUCUACGAAUUUCACAAGUCGCAGAAUGCGACGACACCCGGCAAGGUCCAUGCAACGUAUCUGGUCUACGGCACCAAGUCGGCAGGUGUCCAGGAGGAUGGCGACCACGACAUGACCAGCUCGCCGCCUGAAGUGGACGCCAUGGGAGACGAAGUUCCCACGCAAACAUUGACCCUCGUCCGCGAGGAGCGUCUCACUGGUGCGCCCGACUGUUCACGAUGCGCUGUUCUGCUGCUGACACCGGCUCAGAUGUCUUGGCUACAUACCAGGAGGUGA